AUGCCUGGUGGCGUGGUGCCUCCACUGGAGCUGGUGCUCCAAUGGCAGACCGACGCCUAUCCCCACGGCAUCCGCGCCCCGCCCACCCUGACCAUCAUCAGUGUCGUCUUCACCGUCCUCUCGCUGGGCAUUGUCGGCUCCCGAUUCUACGAUCGCUUCAUCAUCAGGCGUAAUGCCGGUUUGGACGAUGCUCUCAUUGCCGUGGCCUUGAUUCCACAAAUUGCCCUUUGUGUCGCUACCUGCCUUGCCGAGCAGCUCUACGGCUUCGACCGCCAUGCCUGGGACAUCACGCCACAGAUGGGUCCGAUCAGCAGGAAGGUCACGCUUGGCAUAUCGUUGCUUUACAUAACCAGCACCACCUUGACCAAGCUCUCCAUCCUGCUCUUCUACCGCCGGCUAGGAAAGAUCCGCCAGUGGUUCAAAUGGACCAUCUGGGCCAACAUGACCUUCAUCGUUGCCUACGCCGUCUGCUUCAUCAUAACAAUUCCUUUGGAGUGCCACCCGGUGAAUGCCUACUGGAACAAGGUCAAUCCGAUGUGGGCAAUGAAGCACGAGUACACUUGCGUCAACGAAGGCGCCGGCAAUGUCGCCAACGGUGCAAUCAGCGCCGCCCAAGACUUCAUUGCCUGCAUCCUGCCCAUGGCCAUCUUCUGGGACCUCCGCAUCUCCAAGCGCGCCAAAAUGGCUCUCGGCUUCGUCUUUAGCUUGGGAUUGAUCACUGGCGUCUGCGGCAUCCUGCGAACCAUCGAACUUCACCGCAUCUUCUUCAAGACCUACGACACGACCUGGAACGCACGCUGGCCCUUCGCUCUGACCAUCGUCGAAUCGUCGCUGGGCCUGAUUUGUGCCUCGAUCCCAGCCCUCAAAGGCAGCCUAUCGCGCCUCUUCUCCUCCUUCAUCAAGCCGCUGCGCUCGGCCAACCGCAACAGCAAGCUUUACGCCCGCCGUCGCUGGACCAACCCCUUCUUUGCCAGCAUGAAGCGCAACUCGGCCAUGUACAACUUCAACUGGAGCGGCGAAACACCCACCGAUUCCCACCGCAGCCGCAACGCCGAGGGCGGCGUCGCUGCCCCGCAAAACACCUACAUCGACCCCAACGCUCCUCCCCACUCGCAGGCCGACUCCGUUCCCCAAACACCUAAUACCGUCGGCGGAUCCGAGUUCGAGUUGGCGCCGGGACACAAGAUGGAAGUGUAA